AUGGCAAAUGCCAAAGAACGGCUAAAAAUCACGCGUUCAGCAAAAAAGCAGGCCGCGCUGUCCAAGAAUACAGGCGCAGGUGAAGCAGCUGAUCGAGAUGACCCGCAUCGUCCUGGCAAAGGCGAUAUCGGUUUCAACUUCACCGACGGUAACCUGAUCAAGAAAAUCCUGGUGGAUAAGGCGACGCAGACCCAGCUGAUCCAUGGCCGUCUCGCCAUUGCCCGCUUGGUGGUCGAGAACCGCGAAGAGUGUGAAUAUGCGAUUAUCCCUGCGAGCGUCGCCGAUAAAAUCGCGCAGCGCGAUGCGGCAGCAUUGUGCUGCACAGCGCGCUGA